AUGAGCUCCACGCGCCUACAGCUGCACUUCAUCCUGCUACUACUCGCAUACUACUGCCCCACCUACAUCGCUGCCAACAGCAGCAAUGGCAGCACAGUCAAGUGCCUCCCGGAUCAGGCUUCGUCUCUACUACAGCUGAAGCACUCCUUCCAUAACCCCAACCUCUCAUCGUGGCAGCAUGGCACAGAUUGUUGCCACUGGGAGGGCGUCGGCUGCGACAGGGCCUCCGGUCAGGUGAUCACUUUGGACCUCAGCUAUCGUAACCUUCAGAGUACAAGUGUUCUUAGUCCAGUACUAUUCAACCUUACCUCUCUCUCAAGCCUCAGCCUCGCCGGUAAUGACUUUAACUUUGCCAGCCUUCCCAAUUUCGGGUUCGAGAAGCUGACCAACCUCCUCAGCCUGGAUUUGUAUCAUACGAGAAUGGCAGGUCAGAUACCCAUAGGAAUUUCCCACCUCAAGAAUUUGCGUACACUUGAUCUCUCCUAUAAUCAUGAACUGUAUUUCCGUGAACCAAGUUUUCAAAUGGUUGUAAGAAAUCUGAGCAAUCUGAUGGAGCUCUAUCUUGAUGGAGUGGGCAUCAUUAGCGAUGGAAAAACUUGGUCUAGUUCUUUAGCAAACUCUGUCCCUCGAUUAAAGUACCUUAGUUUGAAUUUAUGUGGUCUAUCUGGUCAUAUACAUAGUUCCUUCUCGAGACUGCAGUCCCUAGAGAGUAUCACACUUUCACAGAAUAGUAUCUCUGGCAAGGUUCCCGAGUUCUUUUCCAACUUCUUUUCAUUGAGCACUCUCGACCUAUUUGAAAAUGACUUUGAAGGACAGUUUCCCACGAAGAUAUUCCAGCUAAAAAAGUUAAGGUUCAUUGACUUGUUUUCAAACAUCAGGCUUUCCGGGCAGCUACCAAAUUUCCCAGUUGAAAAUAGUUUGGAGGUACUUGAUCUAACAGGGACCAACUUCACUGUAUCAAUACCAAAAUCGUUUGUCAACCUCAAGUUCUUGACAUUCUUAGGACUCAGGAUGGUUGAUGUUACGGAGGACGAUAUCUCUUUAAUAUCCAAGCUUACCCGCUUGCAGUCGUUGGUGCUGUUUGGGUCAGGCUCGGAGAAGCCAAAUUUUUCUUGGAUUGGCAAUCUUGAGCGCUUAAUGAAUUUGGAACUGGUAGGCUACAACUUCUCCAGUUCUAUACCGUCUUGGAUUGGCAACCUUACUGGUUUGACAAUUUUGUCCCUUGAAGAUUGUGGCUUAUAUGGAAGGAUACCCAUGUGGAUGGGCAACUUGACCACACUAUCCGAGUUACACAUGGUCGGCAAUAACCUCCAAGGUGAAAUUCCAAAAUAUUUACUCGAUCUUCCAAAUUUAGAGAUACUAUUUUUGGGUCAGAAUCAACUUUCAGGCCAUCUUGAAGAUAUUUCAGCUCCUCUAACUUCGCCCUUAACUAGUAUUGGUUUGGACUCUAAUCAGCUCAGCGGCCCCAUACCCAAAUCAUUCUUUCAACUGGCAAGAAUUGAGCGUAUUCAGCUUAACUCGAAUAAAUUGGUGGGUACUGUGGAACUUAGCCUUCUUUCGGGACUGAAAUAUCUUGAUAUGUUGGUCCUUUCUGACAACAUGUUAUCAGUAAUAGAUGGAGAAGGCGAUUAUCAGGUUCCCCCACUGCCAAACAUGCAUAACUUGUACCUUUCGUUUUGCAACCUUACAAAAAUUCCAAGUAUCUUGAGGUAUCAACAUAAGAUGAGUGACGUCGACCUUUCAAGAAAUAAUAUAGAUGGUGUUAUACCAUGUUGGAUGUGGGAGAAUGGGAAGGAUAGCGUCCGGUUCAACCUUUCACACAACAUAUUCACUAGCCUGGAGAAAUGUACACCUCUUAAUCCUACAAUGAGGGGUUUGGGUUACAUUGAUCUUAGUUCUAAUAGACUUGAAGGAAAUUUACCAAUACCACUCAUAUCCGGCAGUGCCAUAUCAGUUUUGCUAGAUUACUCCAACAAUAGCCUCUCUUCCAUUACACCGGCCGAGGAUAUACAUGCCAAUAUCUCCAUCUAUCUUAAUUUGUCCAAGAAUAAACUAAAUGGUCAUAUACCAAAUUUAGUUUGUGGUGCAAACUAUGAAAUGCUUGACUUCUCGCACAACAACCUUACUGGCCCGGUUCCAGCCUGCUUAAUACAGCAUGGCAAUGUGAAAAUGUUAAAACUGAGAGGGAACCAAUUACAUGGGAUGUUACCUGAAAAUAUUGGACAAGGGUGUAUGUUUCAGACAAUAGAUUUGAACAACAACCAAAUUGAAGGGAAAGUACCCAGAUCGCUCUCUAACUGCAGAAGCUUAGAGGUUCUUGAUAUAGGUAACAAUCAGAUUAUUGAUUCUUUUCCAACUUGGUUGGGAGAUAUAUCCAAUCUUCGAAUUCUCAUCUUGAGAUCCAACCAAUUCUAUGGUUCAAUUAUUGGAGGUCCUACUGAAAGUGAUGCAAAAAGUAAGCACUUCUCAGGUUUGCAGAUUAUUGAUUUGGCCUCAAAUAACUUUUCUGGGAGCUUGAAUUCAAAAUGGUUUGGCAAGUUAGAAACAAUGAAGGCCAACUCUAGCGGUGAGGGUAAUGCUCUGGCACUUAAGGGGAUGCCAGGAUAUCCUGGGUAUUACUACCAGGAAAGCCUCACAUUUAAAGGGAUUGAUUUUACAUUUACCAAGAUCUUGAGUACUUUUAAGAUGAUCGACUUCUCAAACAACGCAUUUGAUGGUCUCAUUCCAGAAUCAAUUGGAAAGCUUAUUGCUCUACAUGGCCUGAACAUGUCACAUAACGCCUUCACCGGAGGAAUCCCAUCAAUGCUUGGUGGCUUAGCUCAGCUCGAGUCACUGGACCUGUGCCGGAACAAGCUCUCAGGGGGUAUCCCGCAGGAGCUAACCUUCAUAACAUAUCUUGCAGUGCUGAAUCUUUCCUACAACGAUUUAACUGGAAUGAUACCACAAGGGCCACAGUUCUCAUUGUUCGCCAACAGCUCAUUCGAAGGCAACCAAGGACUGUGUGGAAGGCCACUAUCCAAACAGUGCAACAAUUUAGGUACAGGAACCCUGGACUCAUCUGUUUCUUCAAAAGAUAGUGUUGGGACCAUACUGUUGUUUGUGUUUGUGGGAUCCGGGUUUGGAGUCGGCUUUGCGGUGGCAGUUGUGCUAUCAGUGGUUUGGCUGGCCAAAUGGUGGAACUGCAAUUGUUUCAUGUUCGGUCGGGGAUGAUGAUGUGGCUUGGGAUGUCUCAGUGUGUUGGCGUGUCAUAUGAGCUUCCAUGUGUUAAGAGUUAGUUUCCAUCCAAUGAACCUACAGUGAUCUCAUGUAACCCGUGAUAAGGGAUUAGGUUGUAAUGAUCGCGAAAAAAAAAAAGGGAUUAGGUUGUAACCUUUU